CUGGCCUUUGAAGUUAUUUACCAUCGACUCAGGCGCCUUACAAAACGAUAGCCCAGUGUUCUCGAGACGGAAACGAAUGAAAGCGUGGCCAUGAAGAAUGUUGAACCAAUCAUUUCAAGUUUUCUGAAGUAUUUGUCUAUCAUCGUAUUGCUACAAAACUCGGGUGUAGUAGCAACGGUAUGUAAAACCAUGAGCCUACUUCCAGAGAAGUCUGGCAGCUAUCUUCGUAAUCACGCCAUCCGGACUCUGACUGUCUCUUCACAGUCCAUGUGUAGAAUCACGUGUUACCUCAGCGACAAGCAGUGUUUGUCUUAUAACUUCCAUCAGAGUAGUGGAACGUGUGAGAUCAAUGAUUCUGAUGAAUUCCAGCAUCCUGAAGACUUAAUACCGAGCCACGGACAUGUCUAUAGAGGCACGAAGGUAACUAAAUAGCUUAUCAUCAUCAUCAUCAUC